AUGUUCUUAUUUGCUCGGCCCUCGUUUGCACUCAGACCCACAUGGAUUUUCUCUCUAUAUCUCAGGAAUUCAUGCUCUCUUACUACUUCGACCUGUCGUUUGCAAGCCAGUCAUGCUCCACCGACGUUUCCAAAUCUAAAGCUUCUCAAUUCCGAGAUCUCAAACUGUAUGAGAAAUGGGUUAGUGGAACAAGCCCAGAAACUGUUCGAUGGAAUGCCUCAACGAAAUAUUGUGACUUGGAACGCCAUGAUUCGUGGGUACUUCUUGAAUGGACGGUGUAGUGAUGGGAUUAGCUUGUUUCGUCGAAUGCCCGAGCGUGAUGUUUUCUCUUAUAAUACGGUGAUUGGUGGGUUGAUGCAAUGUGGGGAUGUUGAUGGUGCUAAGGAUAUUUUUGAUUUAAUGCCGUUUAGAGAUGUUGUGAGUUGGAAUUCAAUGAUUGCGGGAUGUAUUCGGAAUGGGUUACUAGAGGAGGCGAUUCAGUUGUUUGAUGGCAUGCCAUUGAAAAAUGUAAUUUCUUGGAACUUGAUAAUUGGGGGGCUUGUAAAUUGUGGCAAACUUGACUCGGCUGGAGAGUAUUUUGGUAAAAUGAGCAGGCGGGAUCUUGUGUCAUGGACCAUCAUGAUAUCGGGGCUUUGCCGCGCUGGACGGCUUGAUGAAGCAAGGGGGCUUUUCAAUAAUAUGCCCACGAAAGAUGCUCGAGUUUGGAAUGCGAUGAUGGUCGGAUAUAUAGAGAACGGGAAGAUUGAAAUGGCAGAGGAGUUGUUUGGGAUAAUGCCAGAACGAAACUUUGGUUCUUGGAACAAACUAGUGAAUGGGUUUGUUGGAAGCCAAAGGGUUGAUGAUGCUAGGAAGCUUUUUAUGGAAAUGCCAGAUAAAUGCCAAAAAACAUGGAACAAUAUUGUGCUGGCAUACAUAAGAAAUGGGCUGGUUUUACAAACUCAUGCACUUCUUGAAAAGAUACCAUAUGGUAAUAUAGCUUCGUGGACUAAUUUGAUUGUGGGAUAUUUUGGGAUUGGUGAAGUUGGAAUGGCAGUGGAAAUUUUUGAAUCGAUGCAGUACAAGGAUACUACUGUGUGGAAUGCUACAAUAUUUGGAUUGGGAGAAAACGAUAAAGGAGAGGAAGGUUUGAAGCUUUUUACUAGAAUGAUAAGGUUAGGUCCAUGUCUUGAUAAAGCUACAUUUACGAGUAUUUUAACAAUUUGUUCUGACCUGGAAACUUUGCAGCUUGGUAGGCAAACACAUGCACUUAUUCUAAAAGAAGGAUUCAAUGGGUUUGUCGCUGUCUCAAAUGCUAUGAUUAAUAUGUAUGCAAGAUGUGGAAACAUGGAUUGUGCCUUCAUGGAGUUCUCUUCCAUGUCAGAUAGGGAUGUUAUUUCUUGGAAUUCUAUGAUUUGUGGGUUUGCUCACCAUGGAAAUGGCGAAGAUGCUCUGGAAAUGUUUGAAAAAAUGAGAUUGGCUAACAUAGAACCUAAUCAUAUAACUUUUAUUGGUGUACUAUCUGCCUGUAGCCAUAAAGGUCUGAUCGACAAAGGUAGAUAUUAUUUCAAUUUUAUGAAAAAUGAAUGUUCUCUUCGUCCAUUGAUUGAGCAUUAUACAUGUUUAGUUGACUUGUUUGGGAGGUUUGGGCUUAUUGACGAGGCAUUAAGUUUUCUAGCCGAAAUGAAAGCAGAGGAAAUUGAAGUUCCUCCGAGUGUCUGGGGGGCUUUGCUUGGAGCUUGCAGAAUCCAUAAGAAUUAUGAUGUAGGUGUGAUUGCAGGUGAAAAGGUCCUGGAAAAAGAGCCUCAUAACGCUGGAGUAUAUUUGAUCUUAGCAGAAAUGUAUUUGAGAAAUGGGAAAAGGGAAAAUGCUGAAAAGAUUUUUGCAAGAAUGAAGAAUAAUGGAGUUAAGAAACAACCAGGGUGUAGUUGGAUUGAAGUAAACAACUGUGGGUACGUUUUUCUUUCUGGAGAUUGUUCAAAUCCUCAUUUUGAUAGAAUUUGUUCUGUUGUUAAGUUGGUAAAUCUGGAGAUAAAUGGAAUUCUAAAUUGA